AUGACAUCUUCGGAGAUCCGCAAGCGAUUUUUCACGUGCCCGCGUCGCAGGAAGCGCCGCCUGAGACGUCCCCAUUGGUGCGAGGAGAGGAGGAGGAUUGGCUGGAACGUUCAGUCCCGGAAGAAACGAUUGAGACAGCCGGGAAGGGAGGGGGGAGUUGGUCAGUGGCGCUGCGGAGUUCUCGCCGGGAUGGCUCGGGCGCCCAAGUUGCUCUUGCUCCUGAACGGGAAGAGGAAGUCGGGCAAGGAUUUCGUGGCGGAGGAAAUCCAGAGCCGGCUGGGCCCUGACGUGUGUGCUAUCCUCCGACUGUCGGGACCCCUUAAGGAGCAGUAUGCGAAGGAACACAGCUUGGAUUUCCAGCGCCUCUUGGAUGCCAGCAGCUAUAAGGAGGUGCAUCGGCAGGAUAUGAUCCGGUGGGGAGAGGAGAGGCGCCGGACUGACCCCGGCUUCUUCUGCCGCAUCGUGGUGGAGGGCGCCACGCAGCCCAUCUGGGUAGUCAGUGACACGAGGCGCAUGUCGGACAUUGAGUGGUUCCGGGACGUCUACGGCGACUUGGUGCAGGUGGUGCGUGUCAUAGCCACCGAGGAGGCCCGCAGACGACGAGACUGGGUGUUCACAAUGGGGAUCGACGACACAGAAUCCGAAUGCGGCCUAGACCAAGGCGUGGCCUUUGACUGGGUCAUCACCAACGACGGAGACCAGCUGUCUCUAGAUGCUCAGCUGGAGGAACUUCUCCAGUUUCUGCACAGCAAGCUGUAGCGAAACCCAGGCCCACGGCCGUCGUUUUUUCACUUUCUCUGUCUCCGCCUCCAUUCCUUCGGUGGCUGGGCUGGGCCGUGGCUGAAUCACCGAAGAAAAGAAAGCUGGAGAAUGUUGUUGCAGCCACUCUGCUGCGGUCGGAUACUCCUCAGGCCAGGCGUGUCUGGGAUGAUGGGGUUUAAUUCCAGAGCUGUGUGGAUCUAUUCCACCCCAUGCUCCUUUUUUUCUUUAGAAGAGUCCAUUUGAGUGAGUGCCAUAAUCCAGUGCCAUUUUUCCCUUCCUGCAACUCCAUUCCAGGCACUCUGUGUGUGUGUGCGUGCGCGCGCGCGCGCAUCCCCAUCCUGACCAGCUGCUGCCUGCUUGCCGUGACACAUGUAACUCUUUCGCACUCGUAUCUGGCACUGGCACCUCCCCCAAUCUAGCAACGGGGCAUGGUGCUUGCAGGAAGGAUGCAUUUUUGUGCUGAGAUUCUCUUGAUCCGUUUCAGGUUUUACUUCCACCCCGAAAGUAACAAACCCUCUCUUUGAUUGCAGUUCACGUUUUUGCAGCUUCUUGCCACCAGGGGGCAGAGUAACCUCAAGCUUAACUUACCUGCUUCCCAAUAAAUCUUAUUUCUUUACUUCAAA